AAUAUCAAAAUGCACCAAGUCCCCACUAUUUCUUAUUUAUUUUAGACUUCAACUUUGGUAUGCCUUAUCAGACAGCUUUAGCCACCUAAUAUCAUUCACUCAUAUCUUUUUUUCUCCCUCCCUCAAAUUGAAAAACUUUCUAUCCUUUAUUUUCAAUCACAUUUACUUGUAUUUGCAAUAUUAACACUUCAAUUAACCAAUAUUAUUAUUAGACAACAAUGUCCUCCUAAUCCAUUCUAUCCCCACUAAAACCUUAAUUACCUGAAAUAUCAUUUGAAAAUAUGUUCAAAAAUUUCAAUCUUUUGGGUAUUUUUUCCCUGUUAUUGAUCAUCUCAACUGCAUUCGCGCAACAAACAGAAUUCUUAUAUGAAGAUUUCAGCAAAGCAGGCAGCACCAUAAUCUUAAAAGAUGCAGCUAAACUAGUCAAACAUGACAGUAUCAUACAGCUAACCAACACAACAAGCCGUAUGAUCGGGCACGCCUUCUACUCUACUCCAAUUAAGUUCAAAAAUACUCAAAACGACUCCGUUUUAUCAUUUUCAUCUGUCUUUACAAUAGGAACUGUACCCGAAUUCAAGACCCUUGGAGGUCAUGGCAUGGCCUUCAUUGUUUCCCCUUCAAACAACCUCCCUAAGGCCCUCCCUAGUCAAUACCUCGGCCUUUUCAAUGCAGCCGAUAUUGGAAACAUCACCAACCAUAUCUUUGCGGUCGAAUUCGACACGGUACAAGAUUUCGAGUUUGGUGAUAUUAAUGACAAUCAUGUUGGUAUUGAUCUUAACGGCUUGGUGUCCAACUUCUCUGUUCCAGCUACAUAUAUUAUGGAAAAUUCUACCAAACAAAAUGUGUCCAUGAAAAAUGGACAUACCAUUCAAGCUUGGAUUGAUUAUGAUGCUACAAAUCAUCUUAUUAAUGUGACCAUUUCACCUUUUUCUACAAAACCAAGUUUCCCUUUAAUUUCAUACAAAUAUGAUCUUACUCAGAUUUUAGAAGAAGAAAUGUAUGUUGGAUUUGCUGCUGCAACUGGUUUACUAGCAAGCUCACAUUACGUUCUUGGUUGGAGUUUUAAUAUGAGUGGUCCUGCCAAAUCUCUUCCAAUGCCUCCCCUCCCACACCCUUCUAGUACCUCUAAUAGUAAACACAAGGAAACUAUGGCCAUUUCUUUGUCGAUUUCGGUAUCGAUUUUUAUCUUUCUCUUUAUUAUAUGUGUCAUCUAUGUGAUUAUCAGAAUUAGAGACCGCGAAAUAAUAGAAGAAUGGGAGCUAACAGUCGGGCCUCAUCGGUUUCGAUACCACGAGUUGAAGGAAGCAACAAGAGGGUUUAAAGAGAAGGAGCUACUUGGGAGAGGUGGAUUUGGAAGGGUGUAUAAGGGGAGUCUUAAAAAAUGCAAUACCCAGAUUGCAGUAAAGCGAAUAAACCACGAAUCGAAACAGGGGUUACCUGAAUUUGUUGCUGAAAUUGCAAGCAUUGGUCGCCUAUGCCACCGGAAUUUAGUCCAGCUUUUAGGUUGGGGUCGACGUAGAGGCGACCUUUUGCUUGUGUAUGAUUAUAUGCCUAAUGGAAGCUUGGAUAAGUACUUAUUUGAUCAAGGACAACAAGGUUUUUUACUUAGUUGGGAACAGAGGUUUAGAAUAAUUAAAGGUGUUGCUUCAGGGCUAUUGUAUUUACAUGAAGGGUGGGAAAAAGUGGUUAUUCAUAGGGAUAUCAAGGCGAGUAAUGUAUUACUUGAUGGUGACUUUAAUGGUCGACUUGGUGAUUUUGGGCUAGCACGAUUGCACGACCAUGGGGCGGACCUAGGCACGACUAGGGUCGUAGGCACAUUGGGCUACCUAGCACCGGAAUUGUCACGAACGGGUCAUGUAACAACUUGCUCUGAUGUGUUCGCGUUUGGGGCACUUUUACUUGAAGUAGUAUGCGGGAGAAGGCCUAUAGAACCAAGGUUUAAAACUGAGGAGCUAGUACUAGUUGAUUGGGUCUGGUCAAAGUGGAAUGAAGGGAAAAUAAUGGAAGUAAUUGAUGCUAAAUUGAGCAGAACAUUUAACCGUGAAGAAGCUUUAAUGGUAUUAAAGCUAGGAUUGAUGUGUUCCUGUGAUGAUCCUCGAUUUCGACCGAGUAUGAGGGUCGUAGUGAGGUACUUGGAUGGAGAGAUGGCAUUGCCAGAGGUUUUGAGAGCACCUAAUUCAGAUGAUGAGUUGAGGGUUUCAAGUAGAGAACCUAGACAUGAAGAUUUUGUUUACUCAUUUGCAACGUCUUCUUCUGAGGUGAGUGUGCAAUCACAUAGUACUGGAGAUAGAACUAGGGUGCUAAUAUAGAACUAGGGGUACUAUGCUAGUGUUAGUCCAAACACUGUGUGAUAACUGAUAAGUACAUCAAUGUGAUAUAUACUUUAUUGGGAAAAACUAAGUCCCCCAAUUUUGCGAAA